UUUAAAAUUACCUGUGUGAUAAGUGGAUAUGCUUUCCGAUAAAAUGGCUCAGGCGGCGUCUAAAACAUGUGAGAUUUGCAUAAGUGCUUCAGGAUCGCAAUACUGCUUAGAGUGUGAGCAAUACUUUUGUGAAAAUUGUAAAACAUUUCAUAAUAGGCAGAAAAUAUCAAAAACUCACCAGUUUCAGUCUGCAUUAGACAUAAUCCCGGAAGGUAAAUCAAAAUGCAAAGACCACAAUGAAGACGUAAGUUUUGUGUGUAAUACCUGUAACGUAGCAGUUUGCAGCAGUUGUGUGACAGGAAGUCACAAACGGCACGAUUUCUCGAAGCUUCAUGACAGCAUCUCACGGUUGAAAGUGAAGAAUAAACAAGAACUGCGUAGAAAGGUACAAGAGGCAACCAAAAACAUGAAAAAGAUGGAAGAAGGUUUAAGAGCAUUUGAUAUGAAGGUGGCAGUAGUUGUCAAAGCUAUUACAGAAGAAGGUACAAAUAUAAAGGCUAUGGUUGAUAAAUGUAUCGCACAUAUGAUUGCAUCGGUCAAGGAUCAAUCCAGGACGGAAAAGGACAAAUUGAUAGCGAUCAUAUCAGAUACUAGAAUAGAUUUGAAAGUGGGAAGCGACUUAGACAAGAAGAUAUAUGAACUAGACAAGACGCGAAACGAUGAUAAAUUGUUACAAUCUUUACAGAAGCUUACAGAUGACAUCGCAAAGCUGACGAUAGAGCCUAUAACCGAGUAUCCCGACGUACACUAUACUGCUCAGUCCACAACCGAUCAUGACAUCACACAGCUGUUUGGCACAUUCAAUAUAAGUAAUGUACGUACACUACAAACCGGGCACAGAGAGAAAAAAUCACCUAAACCAAAGAGCGAUUAUGAACAGGAUGUGAAACCAAAAGAGGAAGGCAAAUACUUGUACAGAUGUGAUAAGUGUGGAAAGGAAGAGAAAUCUGAUUAG